AGCGACUACGCUCAAGCCGUGUCUAUUAUAUUAAUGGUCGAAGGCUUCAUCGACUUUUAGUAUGAAUAUACAAUUGGGCGUGUCUAUUCUAUAACUGGUCUAAGGAUGUGAUGAAGGCGAGAACCGAGAAGCACUAAAAUUUGAGGUUAAGUUUUCUUCCAAAAGUACUGCAAUUCAAAUGACUUAUCUAUAAUGGUUUAAAUAAUAACUUAAAUUGAAAAUUUAAAAUAAGACUGUCGCCUAAUACAAAUUGAAUCAGAUUUUUGUAAUCAUCGAAUAAGUUUGUGUUAGUUUUACAAUGUCUAGAUUGUGGAAUUACGCUCUUUCAUAUGGGCAACGGAAUAUUGUUAAUUGUUUGGGAUCUAUUGGAUGUGGCACUGCUUUGUUAUCAGUUUUUUCUCAUACAAUAUUUGUUGAUAAUUAUAAAGGGUUAUUUGAAAUACACAGGAAAGGAUUUCCACUCAAGGUUAACGAGGAAUUAAAUAACAUCCUGUCUGAUGUAUCGGAUGAUAUGCAUUUGGGCAUUAGAGAUCCGAAAGUUGAGUUGUUUUACACGAUAGGACAAAACCUCAGUCUAUUCGGCACCGCAUGGUCGAAUUGUACUUGUUAUAUUGGUUUGCCCAUCAACUUUUCCUACAAAACCGUGAAAGAUGUCGAUGAAACUAUCAUGGUUGGUAACAAAAAAGUUGAUUGGGAUACAAAAGAAGGAAAUAAGCUGAAAGAGUCGCUUGUGUUGAGCAAGCAAGCCAUGAAGUACGCCAUCGCCCAUGAACUGAAAAUAGCUCACGGUCCCAUCAUCUACUUGAACGCAUCCUAUCCAAUACUGAUCAUCAUCUCUCUAAUGGCGUUUAAUAAUUCAGUCAUUGACAGAAUAAUCUAUUCGAGGAAUCCACGGUUUUACAUGAAAGCCUUCUAUACGUCACUCGCAGUUUUGGGCUUGGGCUUCUAUUUUUUGUUGAAAGACUGUACAACCAAGUACUUCGAACUGAAAUCGGAUAAAGAACUCGCGGAAACAAGUGAAGAGUAUCUACUAGGUGGCAUAGAGUUUUUAGAAAAGCAACUGCUGAUGAACACUGCACUGCGGGACUUGUUGCCUGAUGGAAGGUCCGAGUACACAGCUGAAGGCGAGGAAAUUCAUUUGUUCCGCAGAAAACAUUCGCCGAUAAUAGAACGACUUAGGAUUUUCAAAAAGGAACUAGAUGCUCAACGACUUAGAAACAAAGAAAGUAGCUCUUCGACUAAUGUGGAAAAUUCUAUUCAAUCAAACACAUAAUGUACUGUUCAGUUUGUUCAGGAUAGUGGCUUCGGCCAAAGAAAGUAGUUCUUCGACUAAUGUGGAAAAUUCUAUUUAAUCUAACACGUAAUGUACUGUUCAUUUUGUUCAGGAUAGUGGCUUCGGCUUGUUUUUAACAAGACUAGAGCGUAGAAGUUCCAUGUUUCUUACAGAAUGUCGCUAGUCUUAUGUUUAACUCUUCUGAAGUGAGAACUGUUGUGGCUUUAUCUCUCUCAAUCGUAAUAAUUAUGUACAAUUUCAUCAUGAAACAGCCUACGGUUGAAUGUGAUAAUAUUAUGUUAUCCAUGUUAUGCUGCCAGUAAAAAAUUGUAAUUGAAAAACACGUUUCAAUAUAAUAUAUUUGAUAGGAUAUUGUUGUACGUGAAUAUUAAUGUUAUAAAAUUUGACAUGAACUAUUGU